GAGCGCUGCUUACAGUGACCAUGAGGCAUACUGUAGUCUGUAGCUGGUCGAGAGUCGCAAGGUGGCCAAAGUUCAAAACCAACAAAGUCCAACUUCACAACGAGCACAGCACACCGACGGCUCGACUUCCUUGCUUCUUGAAGCCUUGGAAAUAAAGCCACUCGCGUUGGAUAGCAGAGGAAUACGGCUCCAGAACGACGAUUUUAUAUGUAGCUGACCAUGUUAUGCAGAUCGAGGGAUUAUGUGGUUUGGUAUACUCGGUAGAUAGGAUUGCUUCCAAUCCAAUCGUUGCUCAUGAGCUGGAUGAAUGCCAAUGUAAAGUUCAAAUUGGAAGUGCUCUCUAUAUGCAUAGCUAUAGUGCAGGCAACAGUCAUCAUCAGCGUCUGCUAUUUGUAUUCCGUCGAUUGCUGGCUCUUCACAAGCGUCUGGAAGCAGUGUUUUGGCUUGCUCCAGUAUUUCACCAGCAUUACCGGUCUUCACCAGCGAUUUUCCAUGGGGUUGCUGGCCUCAAAACGAGCUUCCAUUGGCCUAUUGCAGAUACAUGACAAUCAAGAGUCUCCAUCCCCCAUCUUCAUAUGCGACAUAAGAAGGC